GUUCCCACCCAUAUGUAUGACGUCACGAAUAAAAUGAAAUUUAAAAAGGUUAACUUUAUGUUCAUAGCAUGUUUCCGUUUAAAUAAGAUUGUGUCAGGUGGUUUAUGUUCUAUAUAAAUAGUAUAAUAGUUUUGAUUGAACAAAUUAAUUUAGAUCAAACUAAACAAAUAGAUUUAUAUAUAAUAUUUGAAUAUAAUUUUUGUAUCUUAUAUUAUGGUUAUAAUUGAUAACUAACUAUGAAAUUCAUCCUUGAUUCGUUAACCCAUUGUACCCCACGUAUUGGUACACUGAAGGAGUUUGAAAGAUUGCCUAAUAUUAUUUUUGAGACACCGCUUCUUCUAAUAUAUACGAAGAGAGGCAGUGUUCCACAUUUAACUAAAGAUGUAUUUAAAAUGGUAACAAAACAACAACAUUUAUUAUCCAUUUCGCUUCCAUCUACAUUAAAAAUAGAAAAUAAUAUAAAGGAAUUGAAUGUUUCCUUUGCAGAAUUUGUUAGUAUGAAGGAGUAUAUAAAUUUUUUAUCGAUACAAGAUCCUACUGAAGUAACUCCAUCAGGAUUUCAACAAGCCGAUAGUAUAUCUGUAUGGUCUAGAACAGGAAAAAAAUUAUUUACUGCCGAUAAGUAUAUGGAUUUAGUAGAAGUAUUUGAACCUGAUCUUUAUGUUGCACUUUGUGAUGGAAAUAUGCAUAAUUCUGAAAAACGUUUAUCUAAAGCCAUGGAUAGAAGUAAGAUUUUAACGGAACAAUGUUUAAAGAGACAUGCCGCUUCUAAUAAACUAAAAUCUAAAAGUAUAUUAGGAGCGGUAGAAGGUGGCUAUAAUUUAAAAGUUAGAGAAGAAUCAGUGGAAUAUUUGAAAAACAAACCAUUUGCCGGAUAUGUGAUAGAUGGUCUACAUGAUAACGGACCAGAUGUUAAAAAUAUUAAAUGGGAACAAAUUGAAAAUGUAAUACAACAUACAAUUAAGUUAUUACCUGCGGAUAAACUGCGCGUAUGCUUAGGAUGCUGGAAUCCAUUAGUAAUAUUAGAAUUAAUAAAUUUAGGCAUAGAUAUUUUUGAUUCAACGUAUCCUUACAUUAUUACUGAUCGUUCGGAAGCUUUAAUAUUUUUGUGCGAUCAUAAUAGUUGCAAGAAUACAAGUUAUAUAUUAACGAUCAGCCAAAAAAGGUAUGCAGAUGAUUUCUCUCCAAUAUGUCAAUAUUGCCAGUGUUUGACAUGUAAAAACCACACUAGAGCAUAUUUACAUCAUCUACAUGUUACCAAAGAAUUAUUAGGAAUGGUAUUAUUAAUGAUACACAAUACGCAUCACUAUUUAGAGUUCUUUAACGCCAUACGACAAAGUAUAAAAGAUAAUACAUUCAGUCAAUUUCGAGAAAAAAUAAAUUCAAUGUUUCCAAAAGAAUAUUAAUAAUAUGUACUUAUUUUAAUAAAUUAUUUCAUA